AUGUUUUGCUGCCUCUUAAGCGUUAUUGGGGCCCUUUUCUGCACUUACGUUGUAUGCUUUUUAUUGUGGCCGGUCCUAGCAUACUACGUGCUUCGAUUCUGCUUGAGUAGAAGGGGCGAUUUGAAGAGAGCUGGAGAAUGGGCCGUUGUGACUGGAGCAACCGAUGGCAUCGGAAAGGCGUUUUGUGAACUGCUGGCCAAAGAAGGUCUCAAUGUCUUCCUCAUCAGUCGCUCAGAAGAUAAGUUGAGAGCUGUGGCUGAAUCACUUCAGAACAAAUACAGAAUCAAGACGAAGGUUUUUGUUGCUGACUGCACGAAAGAUGAUUUUUAUGAGCGGUUGCAAAGUGAGCUCUGUAGUCUGUCGUCAAUUUCCUGUCUUUUCAACAAUGUGGGUUUGGCCUACAAACACCCAGACGACCUCUGCACCAGUGACUUCCUCACUCCCGGUUUUUGUCAAGACAUUAUCACAGUCAAUGCCACGACCCUUACAAAAAUCACACGCCUUGUGCUCCCGAAAAUGAUUAACGAUCCACUGCCCACCCCUGGUGUCUAUCGUUACAUCAUCAACAUUGGCUCCUUUGCUGGUCUCUUCUCAAUUGCUUACUUAACUGUUUAUUCCGCUUCGAAGGCCUAUGUCCAAAGCUUUUCAAAAGCUCUUGCUGGUGAACUGAGGCACACAUGUGUCCGGACCCAACUAUUUACGCCCGCUUUCAUUGCCACCAACAUGUCUGGCAUGGAACCUUCAUCUAAAGUGCCUUCGGCAAUGACCUACGCGAAUUCGGCACUGUCCAUGAUCGGAGUGGAGGCAGAGGGAUGUGGCUACUUCAAUCACGAGAUGUCUUCUCGACUGAUUCAACUGAUGCCGUCCUUCUAUGUUUCUCGAAAGUUGUCCAUGUCCAUGUUACGCACCCGCGAAGUCCUCUUGCGUCGAAAUCAGAAGAAGUCAAACUGA